AUGUCUUUCCUCGAUGAACCAGAGACAACCGACCAAGUGCAAGCUGAGCGGGCGCGCUACUUCGAAGAGUUCUUCAACGCGCAGACCGAGCAUUAUGACUACAAGGACAACAUCGCGCGAAUGUUGCGCGAAGACUCGACGCGGCUCAUCGUCAACAUCGACGACUUACGCGACUAUAGACGCGAAUAUGCGGAUGGUCUCUUGAAGGCGCCGACGGAAUAUCUGUCUGCUGCGGAGGAAGCGUUGCUCACGAUCGUGAAGACCGUAUAUGACCCGGAGAAACACGCGCUUGCGGACAAGGGCUACAAGGUCGGCUUCAGUGGGUCGUUUGGUGAAAAUCACGUCUCGCCGCGGACGUUGCGCGCGACGCAUAUCAAUAGGAUGAUAUCAAUUGAAGGAAUCGUCACGCGUUGCUCACUCGUACGCCCGAAAAUGCUCAAGUCGGUGCAUUACUGUCCGAAAACGAAGCAUUUCCAUGCACGUGAAUAUCGCGACGCGACAACGUCAACGUCGAAUCUCCCACCGACUACUUCGUUAACUCCUCAGACAGAUGAUGAAGGGAAUGUACUUGAGACGGAGUUUGGGCUGAGUGUUUUCCGUGAUCAUCAACGGAUAAGUAUUCAGGAGAUGCCGGAACGUGCGCCAGCUGGACAGUUGCCAAGGAGUGUGGAUGUUAUUUUGGAUGAUGACCUUGUGGAUAGGUGUAAACCUGGUGACAGAGUCCAGCUUGUUGGGAUUUAUCGUAGUGUUGGAGGUGGAGGCGCGGGAACCUUCAAGACGCUCUUGCUUGCGAACAAUAUCAACUUGCUGUCUUCCAAAUCAGGAGGUGGAAUCGCUCGCACAGCACUGACCAGUACCGACAUUCGUCAGAUCAACCAGCUUUCAAAACGAUCAAAGAUUUUCGACCUCCUUUCUCAAUCCAUGGCUCCAUCAAUCUACGGUCAUGACUAUAUUAAGAAGGCCAUACUGUUGAUGCUCUUGGGAGGCGCUGAAAAGAACCUUGCAAACGGGACGCAUAUUCGUGGAGACAUCAACAUCCUAAUGGUCGGUGACCCAUCCACGGCGAAGUCCCAGCUAUUGCGUUUUGUACUUGGUACUGCACCUUUGGCUAUUGCAACUACUGGUCGAGGAAGUUCAGGUGUUGGUCUGACUGCUGCUGUUACGACGGAUAAGGAUACGGGAGAGCGACGACUCGAAGCUGGCGCUAUGGUGCUUGCUGAUAGAGGUGUUGUUUGUAUCGACGAAUUCGACAAGAUGUCGGAUAUUGAUCGAGUCGCUAUCCAUGAAGUCAUGGAGCAGCAGACUGUCACUAUCGCGAAAGCUGGAAUCCACACUUCUUUAAAUGCACGGUGUAGUGUUAUCGCUGCUGCCAACCCGGUCUAUGGACAGUACGACGUCCAUAAGGACCCACACAAAAACAUUGCACUUCCAGACUCUCUCUUGUCACGUUUCGAUCUUCUAUUCGUUGUCACCGAUGAUGUAGAGGAAGUCAGGGACCGGAAAAUCGCAGACCACGUCCUGCGCAUGCACCGAUACCUUAAGCCAGGUACAGAAGAGGGCACUCCUGUCCAUGACAGUCUUACUCAGUCAUUAUCCGUGGAUGGACCUACUUCAAAUGACCCCGAUGCAGAAGCAGAGGAGACGAGUCCGUUCGAGAAGUAUGAUCCCCUGCUGCACGUUGGUAUUGGUGUUAUUACGUCCUCUGGAAGGACUCCGGGUAACAAAAAGAAGGAAGUGCUUAGUCUUGCGUUCAUCAAGAAGUACAUCCAGUAUGCGAGAAGCAAGACUGCACCUGUGCUUACCAAGGGUGCUGCGGAGUGGAUUGUAAACGCGUAUGCUAAUUUGCGGAAUGAAGCACCGGAAGGUAACGAACGGAGAACAUCUCCACUCACUGCUCGUACGCUGGAAACUCUUAUUCGUCUAGCUACAGCACACGCAAAGGCUCGCUUGUCUCCAAAGGUGCAGGAACAAGACGCUCAGGUCGCAGAGGAACUUCUUCGAUGGGCGCUCUUCAAGGAGGUGCUUAGGCGUAAAAAGCACAUAAAGAAACGUAAGCUCAAUACGGGUGCAGCUGUUGCUCAUGGCGAAGAUGAAGACGAGGAAGGCGAGGAGGAUGGAGAGGGCUCAGAAGAGGAGGAGGAAGAGGAAGCGACGCAAACAGAUCGCAUGGUUGAGACUAUGGCUAGACAGAAGCAGAAAGAAGUGACGCCUGCACCGGUACAUGACGAUAUGCAGAUGCCGGUUGACCAUCCACCCGCUGGACCGACGGAAGAUGGCAGUAUUGCACCAGACCGGUUAAGGCUUUUCCGUCAACGGCUUGCUUCUGUCUUCUCCACGAAAUAUCAGGACGAAGAACAGGUGUUCUUCGCAGAGCUCUUGCCACAUAUAAAUGAGGGCUUGCCGACGAACACGCUAUUUGGUACGGCAGAGGCGACGGCCGCAUGCCAGGCCAUGUCAGACCAGAACGAGCUCAUGUUGAGCGAUGGGAUUGUGUACAAGAUUUAAAAUAGUGUUGCGUUAUAGAUUGGCUUUAUGUUG